UGUUCUGCUAUCGAUUCUUCGUCGGUACCCUGGGUAACCCAACCAACUAACCACCAUCACAACCACCACUUCUCGACCAACCUGAUUUAAGCUUUGUUUGUCAUUCUCAUUCAUUAACACUUGAGACAUCGGGCCACUCAGUCAGAUUGGCCCAAGAUCAACGCUGAACGCUUGUCCCACAGAGGGAGCUCACGAGGAGGAGAGAAAGAAAAGGAACGAGGGAACGAGGCAAGGAAGGAAGCAGGGAAGGAAGAAAAAGAGAGCCGUAUUAAUUCAGUUCUGAUCUGGUGACAUCGCAUAGUACAGACAUCUCACACCAGUGCAUACCAUUCAUCACACGCGAAUAAGAAUGUAAAUGUUAUCCAUGUUGUCAACCAUUCCCACUGUCAAACUUCAAACCACUGGCAGUGUGCAGCCAUCACAUCUGUCUUCGACAUCGUCCAGUGUGGUAGUGACAUCGGUGAUUACAACGACUUCAAAUAAUUUGUCCUCACCUAGCCAGGGCCGGGGUCCCUUGGACAGCCUCUCUAACGUCAGUGACAUGUCAAGGCGAAAGCAAAGGAAUCCCAAGCCCUUGAUGGCAUCCAGUGAGGGUGAGGGCGAGAUGGAGGAAGCCGAAGAUCAAAGGAACCAAUCCUCAACCAGAGAGAGCGAAGAAGAUGAGGAGGAUAACUCUUGUCACUCCCCCGGUCCUCAAGAUCUCAGUGGCAUGGUGAAGGUGGAAGUGACGGAGGAUCAUUCGCGUUCAAUCAAUCACAGCAAUUAUCGAUCUGAACCAGGAGAGCGAUCCUCUUACACCCCCUCUCCACCGGGUUCAGAUAUGCACGUUUUACAUGCCAUGCCCUUGCCUCAACCGCCACCUUUGUCACGCCAUUCCCGCAUCCUCAAGGAUUCCAGGCACAAUUUAGAUCUCAGUCGUGAAUCGCCAUCGCCAGGUUCUUCUGGGACCAACCUUCCUCAUCAGGGCAUGGAGGACUUUUUUGCCAAAAACAAUAUGCUCCAUUUUGGGGAUGUUCUGGUAGGAAAUCACCCGGACGCCCCUCCAGUUCCAAUGGUGAUUCCAAUGGUCUAUCUUCUUCCCGUGUUAACCAAAGAUGGAGGCAGGUCAGAGUUGAGGUAUAAAAUGUUUGUGCCAUUGAAUGGUCAAGAACCGAUACCUCUUCAUCCUCCCAUUCCUCCGCACAUAACACCCAUGGCACCCAUGCCAAUGAAUGACGGUGCCGGCCCUUCAUGUGGAUCGAUUGAUGUACGAAGGCCGAAAACCAAAUCUCCAGGGCCAUUGAAUUCUCGGAAAAGAAAAACCUCAGCCAGUAGUGAUCAUUCUCAAAGUAGAAGGGACUGUACCACACCUUUGGAUUUGAGUAAAUCUCCGAAGAGUGAGAUUGGAGGCGACUAUGAGGCUGAGGAUGAAAAUGAGGACCAUAUUGAGGUGUCGAACGAGCAAGAUGAGAAUCUUCGACCGCACGCCAAGCGUCUCAAAAAUCGAUCUCCAAGUGAAAACUCCAACCCCGGACGAACUCCUCCAUUGUCCAAUGUUGCUAAAGACCAAGUCUUACACAACAAACAGUCAGAAAUUGAAGCUCAUUUCAACUUUUUGAGAGUAAAACAUCUCGAAUUUUUAAAGAAUCAGACCCAACUUCAGCCCGCCGGAGCUGUGGUCUCCGAAUCACGGUGCGAAGAAUGUAAUAUCAACUUCUCGAAACACCAGAAUUAUGUUGCCCACAAGAAGUACUAUUGCUCGAGUGGGAAUGCAUCAUCAUCGAACAAUGGCAGCUCGAAAGUUGCGGGAGCGGGAGGAACAGGAACAAAGAGCGCCAUGUCAGGGUCGGAAAUGGAAGAUCAAGCCAAAGGCCAGAAGUCUUCAUCCCCCGUCAACAAUGGUGGACUCAAACUUGACGGGAGGACCUCCGUCAAAUCGCAAAGCUCGGGCCGAUCUCUGCCUCCGCCUUCGCCAAUUCCCCAAGCUCCACCAUCCCAUCAUCCACAUCAUCACCAUGCCUUGCCACCUCUGGGGAGUAUGUCGGCAGCCGCCGCGCUAGAACUUCUUAGCAUGACUUCGGAAGCAAAUCUGGGGAAGGACAUGUUGUUACUGAAGCAACAACACGAACUCCUAAUGAAAAGUGAAUCCAAUCCCCAAGUGGCAAUUGGCCUCUUAGGCAAAGACUUCAUGCUCCCACCACCUCAGGGCAGUCUCAACCCCACGAAGCAGCCCUCGGCAUCAUCUCCAACAUCCGGAAACUCUUUAGGAAGUUGCACUCCUCCGGCGGGAACCAUUCCCACUUCAUCCUCCAGCGGCGCACUUUCUCCUGCUAACCCGGCUUCCCAUCCUCCUGGCUUGUCACAUUUCGUUUGUGAAGGGUGUGGGAUCAAAUUUAAAUCUGUAACAAACCUUCAGGCGCACAAAGCUCGUUAUUGUGCCGGUUUAAGAAAGGCUGAGGAGAUCAACGCCUUCGAGGCAAUGAUGAAGCGAGCCCAAUUGCCACCCCAACCUCAAUUUCCUAUGGCUUUAUCUGCGGCAGAAAUGAUGAGUUUUCUUAACGCCAAGAGUCUGGAACAACAAGCCAAGAUGGCGGCUGCCGCUGCUGCCCAAGCCGCCGUGGCUGCUGCCUCAACUCGGCUAGAAAAUAGUCACAGCAAAAGGAGCUUGUCUCCGAGUGGUUCCAACAACGGACCCGAUGAUUUCUGUUGCAUACUGUGCGGUUUUAAAGAGCAUUCAGUGGAACGACUCAAAGAGCACAUCAACAUGCAUUUCAUUGGGCAGAUCAAGCGACAACCCGCCGAGGAGACUGAUCUGAAGGAUCCGGAUAACAGCCUCAUCAAAGUCACAUCUCCGAAGGCCAUUCAAGCCCAAAGAACUUCAACCGUAUCCCCCACAAACAGUUCCUCCCACGAGGGAGAGACUGCUCAUCCAGCUUCCGACGAUCAAAGUGGAGGAUCACCAAAAUCUUCGCCUCCUUCGCCUGGCCAGCCUCGUCUUACGCUCUCCUUAUCGCACAAGCGAAAGGCCAUCUCAGAGGAUGUGGAUUGCGAUACGACCAAAGACGCCAGCGAUACUAAAGGCCACGAUAUGAUGCGCAAGCUAUCCAAUCAAACCUUCGGGUUAAGAAAGGAUAAUGAAGACUCGCCCAAUGAUGGGACUUUGCCCAAGAGAACAAAAUCCGAAGACAAUGGCCGAUCAAACCAUCGGAUUGGCUCUGAUCUCCUUCAGCAGACGCCUUCGUCUUUGCGAUGUGAGCCAUGCGAUAUCGGCUUCUCUCAUCUCAGCAACUACAUGGCUCACAAGAAAUAUUAUUGCCGAGGUCCAAAUGAAAACGCCGAAUCUACCGAUGAUUAGCGAACCAAAAAGGGGAUCCUUUUCCAGUCACCUGAAUCCUUCAACAUAUCAACUAGUCAAUCUUUGGAAUGCCAUUCAUAACGAUUAUUCAGUGAAUUUCGUCCUUGUCAAUUGAGAAAAAAGAACCCACAUAUCAAUCUGCUGAUUCCUCAAACCCGUGGAUUUUGUCAUCAAUUUCAUGGCGAUUUUUUGAGUUUUGAAAAAAAAAUCAAAUCUAACAAAAAGAAACCCCUAUAACAAUGCAACCCUUUUCUUCCUCCUGUUUUAAGUCCUUUCUUUUCCUUCUUAAUCGGAAACUGUCGUAUUUUGAUUAGUUUACUAAAGAGAAGGCAAGAUUCCUCAGAAAUUGUAUCUGUGAUAGUCACUAGCACUCUAAUAGCAUCAUAUCUUAAUUACUUGAAAUUUCGACUGUCUAUCAGCAAUUUCUUCCCCAUAAAAACCGCUCGAAUUAAGAAGGAAGGAAUAUCACUUCAACUAUACGGUUCGUGUCAUUUGCUUCGUUCUUCAUCUUGUUAUUAAUACCACUUAAUUGUUAACAUUGAGUUCACUUUCCGUUUCCUUUGUACGAGGAAACCCUAAUAACUUGGCCAAGUGUAAUGUCAUGAUGAUUAAACACGUUUCACGCUAAAAAUGAAUCAAGUGGUGUGUUGACUAUGAUAACCUAUCUUCAAAAAUGCUUGGAAAACUAAGGGCACAAAAUGAUUUGAUCCAACUUAACUUGUUCAAUGAAAGAAACAAUUAGGGUGGGCAUGUUUUGGUGUCGCUCGCAUAACGGGAAAUUGAUUGCCGUAACGGGAACCAGAAU